AUGUCGUCAACAACACUGCAUUCACGAAACAGAAAAAAUAUUAAGAAAGGAAUCCAAUUUACAAUGAUGGUAGUUGGAGCCAGUGGUACGGGAAGAACAACAUUUAUUAAUACACUUUGUAAUGCAAAUGUUAUGGAACACAAGGAAGUAGAUGACCCAACAAAUGCACAUUUAGAAGAUGAAAUUUCAAUUCGACCGGUAACUGUAGAUCUUGAGGAAGAUGGAACACGCAUAUCAUUAACGAUUGUUGAUUGUCCGUCAUUUGGAGAUAGUAUUAAUAAUGAAAUGCAUUUUCGAGAAAUUCUAGGAUACCUUGAACGACAAUAUGAUAAUAUAUUAGCGGAAGAAUCAAGAAUUAAACGUAAUCCACGCUUUCGGGACAAUAGAGUACAUGUUUUGCUCUAUUUUAUCAUACCUACAGGCCACGGACUUCGUGAAAUUGAUAUUGAAUUAAUGCGCCGUUUAUCACCUAGAGUCAAUGUUAUUCCAGUGAUUGGAAAAGCUGAUACACUUACACAAGCAGAAUUAGUAGAAAACAAAAAAUUAAUUAUGGAAGAUAUAGAUCAUUAUCGUAUUCCUAUUUACAAUUUUCCCUAUGAUAUCGAAGAAGAUGAUGAAGAAACAGUAGAAGAAAACGCAGAAUUGCGUAGCUUAAUGCCAUUCGCUAUUGUAGGAAGCGAAGAUAUUAUUGAACAUAAUGGACGACGUAUAAGGGGACGACAAUAUCCAUGGGGAAUUGUUGAUGUUGAAAAUCCAACUCAUUCUGAUUUUUCAGCAAUACGUUCUGCACUUUUACGUACACAUUUAUGUGAUUUGAAAGAAAUUACACAUGAUUUUCUUUAUGAAAACUAUCGUACUGAAAAACUCAGCAGAUCUGCCGAUGUUUCUAAUGAUAUAUCGAUUCGUCGUGAAGAUUUAGCAACUCAAUCUGUACGACUAAAAGAAGAACAAUUACGUCGUGAAGAAGAAAAACUUCGUGAAAUUGAACUUAAGGUUCAACGAGAAAUUAGUGAAAAACGUCAACAACUUCUUGCAAAAGAAGAAGCAUUACGUAGUCUUGAAGCACGUCUUGCUGUUUCUUCACAAAACACAACAACCGAUACAUAAUUUAAUUGUUAUAUACUUAUUAAAUUAAUUUAGAAUAACCC